AUGUUGUCCUCUCAAUCCGAACCCAAUUUCACACCAACUGCACACUUUGUGAGUCAAAUUUUAAAAAUUCCUAUCGAACAAAUGAUUAAUUUAUAUGUUGGUGGAAGUCGACUCUACAAUUGUCAUUCCCCCAAUUCCGAUUAUGAUUUAUUUCUGAUUGUGAAAAAUGAAACUGAACUACCCAAAGUAGAUCAUGUGAAUUGGUGUGAAAUGGAGCCAGAUGAUGUUAUUUUGGAAACAAUAGAAAAGGUUCACGGAUCGGAGGUAAUGAUGGAAAGAAAUUUGGCAUUUUCACGUUCUGAAAAUUGUAUCAGUUUUCGAUCGGAUAUUAUUGACGUAAAUAUUUACAAGGAAAAACAAUUUGUUCACGAAUUAGAAAAUUAUAUUGAUUGUUCCAUAUUUGAAUAUGCAUCAUUAUCUCACUACAAUACAGAUGAUCCUCAUGAAAUUGCGACUCGAGAACGAGCAAUUCUCUUGGAAAACAAAAAGUUCUACAUUCAAAAAUUACAAACUCCAGAACAAAAAUCAGCGUUUCGAAGGCCAUUCAGUAGAAAAUCAGCGAACAGUUAUGUGAAAUGCAAGAAAAAGAUUUGUGUUGAGAAAGAUCUGAAGGUUGGGCUGAAAUCUUUAUUUCAUUCGUUGAGAAUUGUCAUGUUUGCCAUUCAAAUCUUAAAAUUUGGUUUGUGA